AUGAGGCAGCUGCCAGCCAGCAGUCCUGUUCCCCUCUGCUGGCCGCGAAGGGAGAGGCCAGCCACAGUCCCCUGCAGCGCCCAGGAUGCAGCGGGCAAAGGAGGUGAUGAAGGCAUCCGACGGCAGCCUGCUGGGGGACCCCGGGCGCACGCCGCUGAACAAGAAGGAGAGCAUCAAGUGGCAGAGGCCACGGCUCACCCGCAAGACCCUGAUGAGGUGCUGCCUGGUCAAGUGGAUCCUGUCCAGCGCCGCCCCACAGGGUUCAGACAGCAGCGACAGUGAGCUGGAGCUGUCCACAGUGCGCCACCAGCCGGAGGGGCUGGACCAGCUGCAGGCACAGACCAAGUUCACCAAGAGGGAGCUACAGUCCCUCUAUAGGGGCUUCAAGAAUGAGUGUCCCACGGGCCUGGUGGACGAAGACACGUUUAAACUAAUUUACUCCCAGUUCUUUCCUCAGGGAGCUGUUGUGCACAGGCCUGCAGACUUUGUGGUGGGCCUCUCCAUCCUGCUGCGGGGGACCGUCCAUGAAAAGCUCAAGUGGGCCUUCAAUCUCUACGACAUUAACAAGGACGGGUAUAUCACCAAAGAGGAGAUGCUGGCCAUCAUGAAGUCCAUCUAUGACAUGAUGGGCCGCCACACCUACCCUAUCCUGCGGGAGGACGCGCCUCUGGACCACGUGGAGCGGUUCUUCCAGAAAAUGGACCGGAAUCGGGACGGGGUGGUGACCAUUGACGAGUUCCUGGAGACCUGUCAGAAGGAUGAAAACAUCAUGAACUCCAUGCAGCUGUUUGAAAACGUCAUCUAGGAGCGCUGGCCGAGCCACCUCAGCCUCCAGGGAGACCGCAUUCUGCCAGGACAGCCUCCACGGGAAACUCCUUUUCUGAUGUAGUGACACACAGCGAACUCUUUACUCCAGCACACACAGACACACACACAG